AUGCAUCGUGCUACAAUCAGUGCCGUCGCGGCUGCCCUAGCCGUUUCUUGCUCGGCGCAGAGCCCGGAUGCUGUAUACAAUGGCGGGUUCAACAACACCAACGGCACUAUCAAGCUACGCAUCGGCAAUGGUGGUGCCGGACAAAGUGGUCUCGUCGGGUUACUUGCAGACGAGUUCGUUAAGGACAGCGUAAAGAACGGCAGCGAGCCCUUUAGUGUAGCUUGGUAUACGAGCGAUACUACCUACAGUAUCGAGUACCUCAAGACAGGCUUGAUCGACGUGGGUAUCACUUACAGCCCGGCAGCUGAGCAAAUCGCCGUCAACCAAGGCAUUGCGAAAGAGCCCAUCUACUAUGCUUUUCGCGAUCACUUCCUCUUCGUCGGACCUGCUGCCAACCCGGCAAACAUCAGUGGCAAGGACGACAUCACGACUAUCUUCUCAGAUCUGCACGCCGCGGCAGAGUCAGACGUCGUGACAGACCCAUCAAUCAAGUUCCUAAGUCGCUUCGACAAAUCAGCUACUAACAUCAAAGAGUCCGUGCUCUGGGCUGGGAUCGGUCAAGCCUUGACGGCCGCUAUCUGGCUGCAGGAGUACACGAUCACGGACCGCGGCACGAUCUUGUCGCUAGACGCCGAGAUGGCCAACCGCACCGUCAUAUACAAAGCCGGAACCAACGACGCCGAGGACCCGCUCCUUAACCCGGCGCAUUUGCUCGUCGGUGCGAAGGCUCCCAACCCAGAGCGCGCCGUUGCUGCCUUCGCCGAGUGGGUUAUCAGCGACCGUGGCCAAGACGUCAUCGCCAACUUCGAGAAGAACGGAGAGAAGCUAUACAGCGCUGCGCCUAGCUUGCAGUCUAACUCGAGGCGCAAGCGCCACGCCUUGAGUCUCAAGCUCCCUUCUUACAAUACGCUCUCAUAG